AUGGCUGUCUCUGCCAAGCAUCGAGAGCGAAAGCUGCCCGUUCAGCAGCUGUCUAUCCUGGGUAAGUGAAUGCUUUGUGCCCUGCGGAUUGAUGGUAGGCCAUAGGCUGCGAUCGCUCCCGUGGCAGUGGCUGUUGAGGGGAAGCGAGGAAUGCAUUCUCUGGGCGAGAAUAAUCCCAUCGCAGCGUUAUCUUUGAGGCAUUGACUAUGCUGUACCGCCUUUCCAUCCCAUCACGGCAGCGAAUGGUUGACUGACUUCUUCGUAGCAAUAUGUCGCUUCGCCGAACCCAUCUCCAGCACCUCCCUCUACCCAUACCUCCCUGAGAUGGUCGAAUCGUUCCAGGUUCCUCAGAACGAAGUCGGCAAAUGGGCGGGCAUAUGCGCCGCUGUUUUCUCCCUCUUCCAAGCGCUUAUGGGCAUUCCAUGGGGCCGCUUCUCCGACAAGUAUGGCCGCAAACCAGCGAUCUUGCUCGGCCUCACGUCUACAAUGUUCACUUCUUUACUCUGGGGUUUCAGCAAGAAUCUGCCCAUGGCAAUCGUUGCAAGAGCUUUGGCUGGCGCUGGUAACGGGAAUGUUGGAAUCAUACGGACCACAGUUGCGGAGAUGGUGCCGUUCAAAGAGCUACAGCCGAGGGCAUUCAGCUUAAUGCCGCUGGUAUGGAACAUUGGCAGUAUAUUUGGACCUACAAUCGGUGGAUCGUUAGCAAAUCCGUUCAAGGUGAAGCCAGGAGAGCAACGAGACAGUCCGAGCUUCUUGGAGGUGUUUCCAUAUGCGCUCCCCAACAUCGUUUCGGCUUGCUUCUUUACUGUGGGCAUUACGACUGGUCUGCUGUUCCUGGAGGAAACUCUGGAGACCGCACGAGGAAGAAGAGACUGGGGACUGACGUUGGGCACGAAACUCACCAAAUUCUUCAAAAGGCAUUCUCUGAAGCUCGGAGAUUCUUUGCAUGCUCGAGUAGCACAAACCAAUGGCGAGCGAGAUCCUCUUCUCAAGCAUCGAACAGUUUCCGAAGAAGACGAGGAAGAUGGCCUAGCCUAUGAGACGAAGGCGAAGCCGGCACCGCCAAGCUGGAGGGAUGUACUGAACCGGCAAGCAGUCAUCAACUUAAUUGUAUAUGCUUUGCUUGCCAUGCACGCCAUGGCAUUCGAUCAGCUCAUUCCCGUCUUCGCCCAGCACUCGCCGCUAGGAACCCCAGACUCUACGCCUUACUCUCCACCUCUGAAGUUUGCCGGAGGGUUUGGCUUGGACAGCUUCCAGAUCGGUCUCAUGAGCACGGGAUACGGCGUCGCGGGCAUGGUCGUUCAAUUCUUCGUUUUCCCGCCACUUGCUCGCAAGUAUGGAGUUCUGUUCUGGCUGAAGGUGGUUGCGUGUGCCUUUCCGAUCAUCUACUUCAUCACGCCCUUUACCGCUCUACUGCCGACAACUAGGUCUCAGGUGGGCUGCAUGUUCACGGUCAUGCUGCUGAAAUGUCUAUGCGGAAUCUUUGCUUUCCCUUGCAGCACCAUUCUUCUCACGAAUAGCGCUGCCAGCCUGAGGACUCUGGGUACAUUGAAUGGAAUUGCUACAUCCGUCUCCGCCGUCGGACGAGCGGCCGGUCCGGCAAUGGCUGGCGCUAUGUUCACCGUCGGUGUCAAGAGAGGUUAUGUCAUUGCUCCUUGGUGGUUUCUCACGGCUGUCGCUCUGAUCGCCGCUGUGCCAGUCUUCUGGCUCGUUGAAGGAGAGGGCUUUGGUGGAGACGACGAAGUGAGCGACGAUGAAGAGCACGAUGAGGAAGAGGAUGGCCUGCGAGCAGCGGCUCUGGAAGGUGAAGCAGAGAAUCGAGGCAAAGCCGGACCUAUUCCACCUCCAGUCGAAGACGAGGAACACGAAGAACGAGCCUACGGAGGCCUGGCGCCGCUCUCGAGAACGAACACACAGGCUUCAUCAGCUAUGCUCUCGGACGACGAAGCCGGUCCUGCAAGCAGAACGGUGAGUCGCAAGGCUUCGGGGCUCGAAAGGACAACUUCACAAGAUCAGGCUGCUCCUCCCACCUUGAGUAGGAGAGGCUCGAGAAGGGUGACGAGAAGAAUGAGCAUACCCAUCGGCAUGGGUCGGCAAGGUAUCAGUCGACGAUACAGCAGUAAUCUGGGCCAGAGCUUUGGUAGUGCUGGGAGCUAUCAGUGA